UCAGUCAACAAAACGCCUGCGGACUCUGACCCCGCCCUGGACACGCCCCUUUUUUCUGCUCGCCAGCUGUAAAGAUGGCCGCUCCGUACCUUCCCACUCCGAACCCCAAUCCAGAGAUCAAAUUUACUCAGCUGUUCAUCAACAAUGAGUUUGUGAACUCUGCGAGUGGGAAGACUUUCCCUACCAUCAACCCAGCUACAGGGGAGAAGAUCUGUGAUGUCCAGGAGGCUGAGAAGGCUGAUGUGGACAAGGCCGUUGCUGCAGCUAGGGCAGCAUUUCAGCUGGGCACGCCGUGGCGGACCAUGGACGCGUCUCAGCGCGGGAGACUCCUGUACAAACUGGCUGAUCUGAUGGAGAGAGACAAGGACUACCUCGCUAACCUGGAGACCCUUGACAACGGGAAGCCCCUGUUUGAGUCGUACUAUGUGGAUGUGCUGGAGCCCAUCAAGAUCGUCAGGUACUUUGCUGGGUGGUGUGACAAGAUCACCGGGAAGACCAUCCCUGUCGAUGGCCCCCACUUCACCUACACCCGCCAUGAGCCAGUGGGUGUGUGUGGACAGAUCAUCCCGUGGAACUUCCCCAUCAACAUGGUGGUGUGGAAGAUUGCUCCUGCCCUGGCCUGUGGGAACACCUGUGUCCUGAAGCCGGCCGAACAGACUCCGCUGACCGCGCUCUACCUGGCCGCACUGGUCAAGGAGGCUGGGUUCCCCCCUGGUGUGGUGAAUGUGCUGGCAGGGUACGGACCGACCUGUGGUGCUCACAUCGUGGAACAUCUGGAUGUGGACAAGGUCGCCUUCACCGGCUCAACUGAGAUUGGUAAGAUCAUCCAGGCAGGGGCUGGCAACAGCAACCUGAAGCGGGUGUCUCUGGAGCUGGGAGGGAAAAGUCCUAACAUCAUCUUUGCUGAUGCUGACAUGGAUCAUGCUGUUGAGGAGGCCCAUCAGGCUCUGUUCUUCAACAUGGGACAGUGCUGCUGUGCUGGGUCCCGUACCUUUGUGGAGGAAUCUGUCUACGACGAGUUCGUCAAGCGCAGCGUGGAACGCGCCAAGAAGCGUACAGUUGGUAGCCCCUUCGACCCAAAGAGUGAGCAGGGCCCACAGAUUGAUGAUGAGCAGUUCCAGAAGAUUCUUGGCCUGAUCGAGUCGGGAAAGACCCAAGGUGCCAAACUGCAGUGUGGCGGAGCUCGUCAUGGUGACAAGGGUUACUUCAUUGAGCCAACCGUGUUCUCCGAUGUGGGAGAUGACAUGACCAUCGCCAAGGAAGAGAUCUUUGGCCCUGUCCAGAGCAUCUUCAAGUUCAAGAACAUGGAGGAGGUGAUCGAACGUGCCAACAACACUACCUACGGACUGGCUGCUGCAGUCUUCACCAAGGACAUCAACAAGGCACUAACCAUUGCUAACUCUGUGAAGGCUGGGACAGUCUGGGUGAACUGCUACAAUGCCAUAACCCCUCAAACUCCGUUUGGAGGCUUCAAGCAGUCUGGAAACGGCCGUGAACUGGGUGAAUAUGCUCUUGAGGAGUACUGUGAGGUCAAGACAGUUACAGUCAAGCUUCCAGGGAAGAUGUAAGCCGCACCAUCCAAGAUUGGCCUGAUGAAAUCGCACUCAAGGUGGCCCACCAGACAGAUACAGGCCCCUAUCCAUGCCAGCAAGAGACUGUGUAUUCAAAGGCUAAGAGAUCAACAACACUAGGUUCACAGGGAUUUCAGUGACGUUUCUUCCAAACCUGUGUAGUGAUCUAAUGCAUUCCAGCUGCCUUAUAAUGAUAUUGAGAACCUUUCAAUUGACUGCUUUAAAACAAUUUACCAUUUCUAAAACUAAAAAAGCUAAUCCAAAAGGACAAAAAUACAAUACUUAUCAUGCUUGCAGAAAGAACUAAUACUGCAUGCUAGUAUGUAAGAGCUGUUGUGCUUAGUAUGAAAAUCACCUACCAUGUUCCUGCAUAUCAGUAGCUGUUACCAGUAUACAUGUGGGCAAGCGGGAUGGUAGAGCAUAGUCUUUUAAGUUAAAAAUACUAAAGAAAAGAGAUGACAGUUGUUAAAAUGAAGAUAAAAAUUCUCUUAUGUUAAUCUCUACAUUGUGCCAUUCAUAAUUAUGUGUUGUCUGAAAGUGCCUUAAUAUAACGCAAAUUAAUUAGAAGUUAAUUAGCUUAACACAUAGAGAGAAAAGGCAGCAUGUUUUUUGCUGAUGUUGACAAGUUUAUAUCUGUUGUCAGUGAGGCAGCCCUGGAUGAUGUAACAUGGUCUUGUUGCAACUAAUUCAUUGUGCAAUUAUGCUUAUGUUCAUGAUGUAUUAAAUUGACUUUUAAAGCAUCUUA